AUGGAGGUGCGCAGUGCCACCGUACACGACUUAUGUAUACUAACUUUGAAAACAGUUAUUGGUGCAGGCAGGAUAACAAGGCCAGUAGUUUCCUUUACCAGCACAUUUGCUGAGUCAUACACAAUGAACCAAGAAAUUGAAGUCUCAUUUGAAGUAACAAAUAUCGUUGCAAAUCAAAAAAUUGCAUACUACAUUGAAAGCACCAAUAACCAAAUUAUCAAAGAUGAAUUUAUAGCAACCACAACCAGUAAGAAGAUAACUCAGAAAGUAACUGUUCGUUCAUCUCCAGAAUUCAACAUCACAAUUUACUGCAAGAGAGGAAAUUAUGAAGUAUCCAUUCCUAUUACAAAGAUCUUGAAUGUUCCACGUUCCCCUUCACUGCAUUUUGAUGAAAAACCGAAGAACAGUUACACAAAGAAUAGUAGAAUAGCUGUAAAAGGAAGAAUUAUUGAUGUUUCAACAGGAUUAUUAGCAUAUAAAUUUGAUUCAACAGAAACUAAGGUGCUUCCAAAAGAAUACACGGUAUCAAAUUCUUAUUAUUUCUCAGAACUUAUUGAUUUCCCUGUAAAUUUCCAGGAUGGACAACAUUGUAUUACUUUCUAUGCUGUUGAUAAGGCUUCUAAUACUUAUUCAAAAGGUGAUGAAUUUGAAUUUUCAUUUGUUAACACCCAUCCACCAGAAAUUCAAAACCUUAAGACAUCAGCAGAAACAGUAAUCAGAGGAAGGACUGUUAAAGUAACGGGACAGAUCAAAGAUGAAGAUCCAAAUAGUUAUUCUGAUAUUUCUCUUUCGUUUGGAGAGUUUGGUCCGGAAACAACAAUUAUUCCCAAUUUUGAGACAAAAAUCACAUGGACAGAUUUCGAAUAUGAAUUAACAAUUCCUCCGGAUACCCCACCUGGCAAAUAUAGAAUAUCUGUAUCGGCCAAAGAUACUGGUAGAGAUCAAUCUGAAUAUUAUUAUUGUUAUGUUACAGUUUUAAUUCAGCCAAUUACCCCAUUCCAAACAGCUCCUAAGACUGCUUUUGAAACUCCAUUCAAUACUGCAUUCCAAACUUCCCAUAAUACCCCCUAUGAAACACCAUUCAGUUCUGCAUUUCAGACAGCUCACGAUACACCAUUUGUAACAGUAUUCGCGACUCCGUUUCUUACUUCACAGGAAACUCCAAUAAAAGAAGUUCCACCAGCUAAUGGAGAGUCACCGAAUGAGAAGUCUAACUUAGAUGAUGACUCCAAGAAUUCAUCGAGUGUUACUCCAAAUUCUGCUGAUGAGAUGCCAACCCUGUUCCAGGAUGAUGGUUCUGCCAAGAAGAAGAAGAGCACUAUAUUGAUUGUUGUAAUCUGUUCUGUAAUUGCAGUUAUAAUUAUAGCAAUUUUGAUUGCUGUAUUUAUUUACAAACGCACCCACCAAGAUGAUAGCGAAGAAGAGUCAUCUAUUGAAAUGGCAGAGACUGUCAUACAAUCUGUUGUAAAUCCAAAUGAUGGAGCUACAUUGGAUAACCCAUUAUUUACAACAACUACUGUUGAUGAUGACGAAGAUAUCUUUGCCGGAGAUUUCGAAGAAGGCAAUACUGUCCAUUACUUCUUUAUCAAGGAAGAAGAUGAAUAG